GGCCCUGGCAUUAUUUACUUACUUCUUUGACCCUUUUUCUAUUCUUAUUUUUUAAACUCUGCCUGUUAUAAUAAAAUUUAGAAAAUAAACCUCAAAAAGUUAGCUGGAAUCUAGAUUAAUUUCAUGGACCAUAGGCAGUGCUGUAAGAAAAUAUAAACCUAGUAUGCAAUGCAAGCAUAUUUAAAGCUUCAAAAAAACCAUAUGUUCAACUUCGGUUGCAGUAGUUUUGAAGACUAACUGUUUGCAAGCAAGAUUCAGUUAAAUCUCUGUACAUUUCCAUCUUUCUUUUCUUUCUCCCUUGCUUAGAGUUGGAAUAUCGAUCUACAUUAGUAUGGGAGGUAGCUACACUUUCACGUUUGCAGCAUCAGCAUGUUGUACGCUACUAUCAAGCAUGGUUUGAAAAAGGAGUUGCCAGUUCAUGUGGUGACAAUAUAUUGGGUUCAGGAACUGCAACAAGCUCUAUAUUCAGCUAUACAGGUGCUGGUUCAACUGACAUCCCUGGACAGGAGAAUAAGCUUGAAUCAACUUAUCUAUAUAUUCAGAUGGAAUAUUGCCCUAGGACUCUUCGCCAGGACUUUGAAUCAUAUAAUCAUUUUGACAAGGAGUUAGCAUGGCAUUUGUUUCGCCAAAUUGUAGAAGGUUUGGCGCACAUACAUGGGCAAGGAAUCAUCCAUCGGGACUUGACUCCUAAUAACAUCUUUUUUGAUGCACGGAAUGAUAUUAAAAUUGGAGAUUUUGGCCUUGGUGAGUUAUAUGUUUUCUCUUUUGCAAUCUUUUCUCCUUUGUUCUUUAUGCUUGAAAACAGUGUAUUAUGUAUUUAUAUAGGAUUCUGCAAAAGUUGUGAACUGGCAAUUUUUGCUACUUGUGAUAGUGUACAAAAACAUUAGAUAGGAGCUUGGCUAGUGUAACUAAUACAAUUGUAUAGAGAUAUAAUAAAAAUUCCUAAAUUGU